GUAGACAUUUAUCGGAACCUCUUUGAGGUGUUGAAUUCAUAGAAUGACUGAAACGCGCCAUACAUUUCAGCUGACCAAGAAAACGCUUGCCCCGACCGCCGGAAAGCCUAAAGCUGCUCUUAAAUCUAAGGCCCCGGUCAACGUUUUCCAUGAAGGCAAAGACGUCACGCCAAAACCUCUGAACCCCGAACUGUUGGGGUUGUGUAAAGAAAGGCAGAUCGGUAUUUUCGACGAAGGUUCGUUGUCUGCGAGAGAGAGCAGCUCCGUCGCAUUUGUGGCCGCCUCCGAAGCCGGAACGAUAAAAUUUCGCACCGAGCAACUCGGUGAAACUUAUCAAGGAAGUAUAUUCGAGGCUUCGGCGGAUUUUUUCGAACCUUCCCUUGUCAGUCAGUUGACGGAUACAGAUCAGGAAACCUUACCGGUUGAAUCGGACACCGAACUCUUCGACAAGAUUGGUUUGGAAACAGAACCAGAUAUGAAACGCGCGCCUACCCACGUCAGCCUAACGUUAACGGAAACGCAUACGAUUUUUAUCCUAGACUUACCAAGCUGUAUAGCUAUCAAAAACUCCGAAGAGGGUGACCUAGUUGAAGAAAAAAACAAACAAUACGAAUACCUUACCCAAGGAAAAGGUCGUCACAGAAAAGUAGUCAAUGCCGAAGCGCAAACGGUCAAAGUGCUGAAGAAAUCUCGCAAAACUGCGCCAGAAGUUGUAAGAAAGCACAACACUGCCGCGUUUGCGUCCAAUUGGGAGAUGUACGACACCCUGCUGACCGUCGAAGACGCCGAACCGAACAUUUACAGUUCCGACGACUCCGACAAUGACCUUGUAGAUUACAGUAAAAUCUCGGAAUCUGGUUCCGUGGAGAGCUACAGAAUGUCUAGCGACGAAAGACAGCUGUACAAGCUUAUGAAAAACAGUAGAUUCUUGGAGGCCGUUUGCGUAAUAGAGCGAUUACUAGCUAAUAAUCGCUUCUACGAGCAACAAAAAAGAUUUAGCGGUCUUUCGGAACCCGAUGAUUUACGGGAGGAUAUUCAAUACAAAUAUCGUUUGAAUUUACUCUGGACAUUUUCGAACUCGCUGACCAAAGGACGCUGCGUCAGUUGUAUGGAAUGGAACCCGUUGAAUGAGGAUUUAUUGGCGGUCGGAUACGGAAAAUUUUAUUUCGCCGAGCAAACCACCGGAAUGGUCAUGAUAUGGAACAUGAAAAAUCCCGUGCAACCGGAACGGACUUACAAAUUCGAAAAUCCCGUCACAGCUUUAAGUUUUUCUAGCAAGGACACCAAUUUGCUUGCCGUCGGAUUUUACGACGGGCGCAUUUUUAUUUUAAACGUUACGAAUCGCGAGAAACAAAUAAUUGCAGAAAAUAUACCGUCCUUCGAGGUUUUAUGGGACGUCCAUUGGCGUCCGAACCCCGACAAGUCUACAAAACGCGAACAAAUAUACGCGUCUUCUGACGACGGAAAAGUAAUCGUUUAUACCAUUGAAACGGCCAAAGAACUACAACAACAACAAAUUAUGAGAGUCGCAAAAGCAGACGGCGUGCUAAAGGGCUACAGCUCCAUGAGAAAGUGCUCGAACUUGAACGUGCCGGUUUCGCGAUACGCGGGCGCCAGAUUACUGAGAUGGCACCCCAUCGACCCAACCAUUUACUUGGUUGCCACCAACGAAGGGGUUGUUCAUAAAUGUUCCGUAAAUUAUUUGGACCAACAUAUGGAUUCCUUUUCGGCUCACGAAGGCCCUAUCAACGACUUGCAAUUUUCACCAUUCUCAAAGAAAAUUUACGCUACUUGUGGCGACGACUGGUAUGUAAGACUAUGGGGUGAAGGUAUAGCCGAACCAUUACAAGAACUGUACGUGACGAUGGCGUCCGUUCAGGAUUUGGACUGGAGCCCCACCCAUUCGACCAUAUUAGCAACCAUAUACGACAAAAGCAUCGUUCUUUGGGAUUUUCAAAGAAAGUUUUAUAAACCUCAGUCCGAGUGCCAGUCGCCAACCAAUUCCCGAAAUACAAUCGUUCAGUUUACGAGCAGCGGCAGGUGUUUGGUUGUGGGCGAUGUCGACGGGAAUGUUCACGUUUUUUCGUUAGAGGAUAUGCCGUUUCCCGCGUUCUUCCAAGAAAGUUUACUUUUCGACGUUCUCCAGAAAAGUUUAGUGACAAAACCAAAUUUAAUGCAGAAAAUCAAGAGGAUGAGAAAGAACCUGAAGUUAGAUUAACCGCAAAACAAUUGAAGGCACUUUUGCGACGAAAAGUUGUUAGAAUAUCGCAAUAUUUAACAUUUAUUUGCUAUGUUAAUUUAAAACAAAUUGCAAACUUUGAUUAGGUUGACCAUUAAAAUAUGAACGUAAUAUUUGUAACAGGUCAUAAAUGUUGGAGUAUAAUCCUGUUUAUUUUGCUUCGAUAUA